AUGGGUGUCCCUUUUGAGGCCCUGCUUCCCUAUGGGAUUAUCAUCACCAUGUUUGGUGUGUCUGGCUACGGUCUUCACUACGUCAAGCGCUUUGCCAACGAUGGCAAGAAGGCGCGCUGGAACCGCGACCUGUGGGAUAGACAAAUGAUGGAGAGAGAUCAGCGCAUCACAGGCUCAUUCCGAGGGCAGUCCAGCAACCACCAAGCGCCCACCGGAUUCGAUGUCAGCAACCCAUGGAAGGCAGAAACGCUGACCCGAGGCAUAGAUCGAGAACCGGAUCUACUAGUUUCAAAAAUUGCAACCUCUUUUCCUUUACGUUCAAUGUCUGCGCCUUCGUUACUCCGUGAUCAUACAUAUCCACUGCAAUUUCUCUAG